AUGGGUAACGCCAGCAGUGCUAUGCUGGAGACCAUUGUUCAGGGGUCCAACUUUGACCGAGAUGAGGUCGAGAGAAUACGAAAGAGGUUCAUGAAGUUGGAUAAGGAUAACUCCGGCACAAUCGAGCGCGAGGAGUUUCUUAGCCUUCCCCAGAUAUCCUCGAACCCGCUCGCAACCAGGAUGAUCGCUAUCUUCGACGAAGACGGAGGCGGCGAUGUCGACUUCCAAGAAUUCGUGUCGGGUCUCAGCGCAUUCAGCACCAAAGGCAAUAAGGAGCAGAAGCUGCGUUUUGCAUUCAAGGUCUACGACAUCGACCGCGAUGGCUUCAUUUCCAACGGCGAGCUCUUCAUCGUGCUAAAGAUGAUGGUGGGUAGCAACUUGAAGGACCAGCAGUUACAGCAGAUUGUGGACAAGACGAUCAUGGAGGCGGAUCUGGAUCGUGAUGGCAAGAUCAGCUUUGAUGAGUUUGCGCGCAUGGUGGAGAACACAGAUGUCAGCAUGAGCAUGACUUUAGUACAGAUCAAUUUUGAGCUGGAUAUCGGAUUGCGUUCAGAAGCCAUGGAUGAUAUCACGGGGGUAUUGAUUGGGUUCUAG